GAGCUGUUACGCAAGGCCUGUUUACCCGCCGCGGGGGCCUCCUCCUCCCUAUAAAGCCCGACGCGGCGGGGAGAGCGGCGGAGCUCGAGCCUGGUGGAGGGAAGCGAGGCUGUCCCUGGAGGGCGUCAGGGCAGCGUCCGAAAGUUCAUGCGCGGGCCGGAGAGAGGGUCCCCCAAUCCGCCAGCAGCAGGCGUGGUUCGCCGAGCGCGCGCUGGGGGGCGGCCGCGGGGGUCGCGGAAGGGUGGGCGUCCGGACGCGAGCUCCCCAUGGAGGCGCCCGAGCUGGGCCCGGGGUUGGUGGAGCGUCUGGAGCAGCUGGCGACGUGCCCGCUGUGCGGGGGCCCCUUCGAGGACCCGGUGCUGCUGGCGUGCGAGCACAGCUUCUGCCGCGCGUGCCUGGCCCGCUGCUGGGGCGCCCCGCCGGCCGCCGGCGCCCCGGCGCCCCCCACCGCCUGCCCCUGCUGCGGCCAGCCGUGUCCCCGCCGCAGCCUGAGGUCCAACGUGCGGCUGGCGGUGGAGGUGCGCAUCAGCCGGGGGCUGCGGGAGAAGCUGGCUGAGCCUGGGGCCCGCGCGGGGAGGCGCAGAGGGGGCCGCAUCCCCACCAUGGGCUGCCUGGAUCCGCACGGAGAGGAUAUAAGGAAGACAUGGAGAAGACUCGAUGCUCCAAGACCCAAGUCAUCUAACCCAGAGGACGAUCUCCCAGAAGAUUACCCAGUGGUGAAAAACAUGCUCCACAGACUGACGGCCGACCUGACCCUGGACCCUGGCACCGCCCACCGCCGCCUGCUCAUCUCGGCGGACCGCCGCAGCGUCCGACUGGCCCCCCCAGGGACACCCGCACCCCCCGACGGCCCCGCGCGCUUCGAUCAGCUCCCCGCGGUGCUGGGCGCACAGGGCUUUGGGGCCGGCCGGCACUGCUGGGAGGUGGAGACCGCUGAGGCGGCCUCUGGCUCGGACUCCUCCGGGGAGGACGAGGACGACAGAGAGAGCCGCUACGCCGUGGGUGCGGCCGGAGAGUCGGUGCGUCGCAAGGGCCGCGUGGGGCUAUGCCCCGCGGGGGCCGUGUGGGCCGUGGAGGGCCGCGGCGGCCGCCUGUGGGCCCUCACGGCUCCCGAGCCCACUCCACUGGGCGGCACCGGGCCCCCGCCGCGCCGCAUCCGCGUGGACUUGGAUUGGGAACGCGGCCGCGUGGCCUUCUACGACGGCCGCUCGCUGGACCUGCUCUUCGCCUUCCAGGCGCCCGGGCCCCUGGGGGAGCGUGUCUUCCCGCUGCUCUGCACUCGUGACGCCCGCGCCCCGCUCCGCAUCGUGCCAGCCGAAGGCUGAGUCCCACCCACACCUGCCGCCAGCGGCCUCCUAGGCGCCAGGCCAUCCGCGCUCAUCCACACGGCCUGUGUGUCCACAUCCACACCCGGAGCCGAGUUCGGACGCGGUGCCACGCCACCUCGGGCUACUUCCUGCCUCACCUCUCCCCUCCCGCCUUAUGUUCGUCCACACCGGGACGCUCCGGCAAGAUGGAUACAAAGGGCCUUAAUGCCUGCUCAGGCCUCUCCCCGUCUGGAGGAAACGCACAGUCCUUCUCCACAGCUCGAAGCCUCAGGCUUCCCUGUCCUGUCCAAUCUGAGCUCCCUCUUCAAGACUCUGGCCUGGGUCCCAGGGCCUCCUAGGAGGCUUACUAAGCUUUCUGAGCAGGGGGCAGGCAGCUCUACUCCAUGAGGCCUGCUUUCCACGUUUCCCCUUUGGAACCUUCUCAAGACCCCCCACCCAUAAGGAACCAGUGGUGCUAAUGCUCUCUCCUCUACCUGGGAAUGGCCCAGACACCCAAGCUGCUCCUCAUCUAUGGCUUCAUAUCUUUCUCCAUAUAUAUAAAUGGGCCCAUAUUUAACACGUUUUGUGAUGCUGGGUUAUUUAUUUUGUGCAUCUGUGGCAAUAAAUGAGAUCUCAGUGGUGGUA